AUAAAUUUAAAACAAUAAAAUAACCCAACGCAAAAAAAAAAGUGCUUAAUCGACGUCUCGGUGAUCCUCCACAAGUCCUCUUGAAGAACUACUGAAAUACUUUUUAUGGCUAUUUCUUUUCUCCCAGGAUGGAGAACCUGGAAUGCAUUUAUUUACUUAUUUUAAAACUAAUGUCACUAUGCUAGCUAGACAUGCAAAUAAAACGAUGAAGAAAAAGAAACGCAAGAAACCUUGCUAUGCGGAACCUUACAGUACAACUUUAGUAGCAGUCGACCGCUACGCUCUGUACGAAACUCUUAUUGGUUGCACAGAUUUUUGUAACGUGUUCGAUCACUCUGAUUGGCUAUAAAAAGGGUUAUUAACGCGCGAGCUGAUCCUUGUCUGGAGUCUUUGUGUUAUAUAUUUUUUCUAUUGUAUUUCAGUUAUUUAUUUAGUUUUUAUUUUUUUUUUAAAGCCAGCAACAUGUCUAUCCUAAAUGCGCUAAGGAGUGACUCAUAUGUUGAUAUCAGCCAGUACAGAGACCAGCAUUUUAAGGGAAAUCGGUAUGAACAGGAGAAACUACUGAAACUGAGCUGCUCGCUCUAUGUGGGGAAUCUGUCAUUUUAUACAACAGAAGAACAAGUUUAUGAACUCUUCUCCAAAAGUGGUGAUGUGAAACGAAUUGUCAUGGGUCUGGAUAAAGUCAAGAAGACUGCGUGUGGAUUCUGUUUUGUGGAAUACUAUACUCGUGCUGAUUCAGAGCAUGCUAUGAGGUUCGUUAAUGGCACAAGGUUGGAUGAUCGCAUAAUCAGGACAGACUGGGAUGCUGGUUUCAAAGAAGGCAGACAGUAUGGCCGUGGCAAAUCUGGUGGCCAGGUUAGAGAUGAAUACAGACAAGAUUAUGAUCCUGCCAGAGGUGGCUAUGGAAAGAUCAUAAAGAAAUGAUUCAAGAGGAAAUGCUAUUUGUUUUAAUAUGGGUAUUAAAUGGGUCGGCACUAUUUAGUAAAAAGGUUGACUCUGUUUUUUUUUUUUGUUUUAACAUUUUGAUCUCAUUCCUACAACAUGCCUGGUAGUUAAGUAUUCCUUUUUGUUUCUGCACAUUUUGAAAUAAACUUGAUCUUGAUUUCCAUCAUGGAAGAUGGCAACAAACAUGCAAAACAAGUUAGAUUUAUUUUAUUUGUCUAACUUAACUAUCACAACCCUGAAAUCUAACAGACUUGGCUGUGUGCUAGUAACUAUUAUAUCUGUAUGCCAUGUAUAAUAUUUCUGAAAGCAUUCAGUUAUUUAUUUUUUUCAAUAAUAAACAGGAUGCAAGGU